GAAUAAUACUGUGCGGAAAGCAACUCUAAGCUGAAUCGUAGAUCCAGUGAGAAACUUUUUCUAACAGAAAUAAAUUUCUGAGUAGUAUUUGCCUACUAAGGGGUCAAAUAUUUAAAAAGACUUUCCUAUAACUUUGAAUUUGAUCUUUAAUUUUGAAAUUACAGCGCUUUAGCUAUAAGGUACUUUAAAAAUUCUUUGGUAUCUAUUUUUCUUUUAUUUGAAAUUUGAAAAGAGAUUUGGCGACUCUUAAACAUUUUAAAUUGAUUGCUAUAAAUAUGGUGCACCCUGUACCAUAGCAUAUAAGCACAUUUCUAAUGUGCUAUGAAAGUUCGUAAGCUUUAAAGCUCACGCACACAUAUACAACUCAUAACGGUAUAGGUGCAGGAUAUGUGCGUAUUUAUAGACAGCUGUGCGAAUUCGUCCUUUUCGCUGAAUUAAACACCUUCUUUCGGUUGGUUCUUUAAAAACAAGUUGUUUGUUAUAUAAAAAAAUAUUUGUUAUAAAAUAUAAAAUAAAUGAAAAAUUAAAAAAAAAAUUAUUUACGUGAUAAAAUUAUAAAAAAUAAACUGUGUUUGCCAGAAUAUUAUUAAAAAAAGUUUUAAUUGUUGAUUAUCGAUUUUUCGCGUGUUCGUGUGUUAAAGUGCAGCUGUUAUUUUUGUGCUCGCUCUUUAAAGACGCUGGUGAACGCAAAAACCUUCUCGGCUUCCAACUAUGCUAAUGCGUAACUUUAUAUUUCGCACCAACUAUUUACCAACGCGUUCACCGCAUCAACUAUUAUGACGACACUUACUGUCACGACAGUAUCAGAAAUACCGUUAUCGCUACUUUAAGAGCCCCGCCUACACGCCCGCUCCGCAGUCAACGACAAAUGAUAGCGAACAUCAUUGGCGUUGCAGUCACCACAAUCAUAACUGUCAACAGUUGCAUGCAACACCGGACCUCAUUGAUGACACACACGCCCAUCAAAAAGCGGUUUCACAGCAGCAGCAACAACAAUCGAACUAUCCCAAUCACACCACCAUCGACAUCGAAGGUGAUGAACAAAUAAGGCAAAUGAACGGAGGCAAUCAACUAUACAGCGGACACAAACGGCACGCCUUCACAUAUCACGGCCAGCAACAAGGUGCAGCUUGCGGCGCGCUAGCCAGAAACAAACGUAGAAUACUCAUCGUACUCACCGUAGGCACCACCGCCACGGUGGACACGCUGUUGUGGCAGAGCUUCGGCUGGAUGUGUGGCCUGCCCGCAAUGUUCGCCGCCUUGUUUGUUAUCAUGCUGGUAACAUUGGGCUGGCGCUGGUUCUAUAUAGCCGCCGUAACAUGCAGACGUGAUUUCACCGCUUUGUGGGCCUACAUAAAACUGCUUAUGCUCAUUAAACUUUGUGAGCGCAAAAACUUAAAUAUCGGCGAUGUGUUCGAGAAGAAAGCGCUCAAGCAUCCUGACAAGUUGGCAAUAAUUAGUGAGACGCAACGCUGGACCUUCCGCCAGCUGUAUGACUUUUCCAAGCACGUCGCCAUCGUAUUUCAAAGGCAUGGCUAUCGGAAAGGUGAUGUUAUCGGCUUGUUGCUGGAGAACCGCGCGGAGUACGUUGGCAUUUGGUUGGGUCUCUCGCGACUUGGCGUUGUCACAGCGCUGAUCAACACCAAUUUGCAGGGUCCGUCGCUGCGUCACAGCAUCAACGUGGCGAAAUGUUCGGCGUUGAUAUAUGGCGAGGAUUUCUGCGAAGCAAUUGAGUAUAUAGCGAAUGACACACCGGCGAAAUUGUAUCAAUUCAACAACGCUAUCGAUAAGCCAAUAAGUGAGUCGGCGUCCGAUUUGGCUACACUACUGCACUCGGUUAGACAUAUGGAACUCACACGUUCGGCUGUGCAACCACCAAAUCAUCACGACAGAUUGAUGUAUAUUUAUACCUCGGGUACAACCGGCCUACCGAAAGCGGCCGUUAUCUCGCAUUCAAGAUAUAUGUUUAUUGCCGCGGGUAUACAUUUUACGCUAAAUUUUAAAAUAAAAGAUAUUUAUUACACACCCUUGCCGCUCUACCACACGGCUGGUGGUGUAAUGAGUAUAGGACAAGCGGUGCUCUUUGGCUCAACCGUUGCCAUACGGAAAAAAUUCUCAGCUUCCGGAUAUUUUGCGGACUGCGUGCGCUUUAAGUGCACGGUGGCACAAUACAUCGGCGAAAUGGCACGUUAUAUUUUAGCGACGUCGUCAACUCAAUAUGACCGUCGCCAUAAAAUACGUAUGAUCUUCGGCAAUGGUUUGCGUCCGCAAAUCUGGCAGAGCUUCGUGAAACGUUUUAAUAUACCAAAAGUGGGAGAAUUUUAUGGCGCCACCGAGGGCAAUGCGAAUAUUAUCAAUAAUGACAACACUGUCGGCGCUAUUGGUUUCAUCUCACGUAUAUUUCCGCAAAUUUAUCCCAUAUCCAUAAUUAAGGCCGAUACAGACACUGGCGUACCGAUACGUGGUGUCGAUGGCUUGUGUCAGCCUUGUGCACCCGGUGAAGCGGGUGUGUUCAUUGGCAAGAUUAUCCAAGGCAAUCCCUCGCGUGAAUUUCUCGGUUAUGCUGAUGAGAGUGCAUCGUCGAAGAAAAUCGCACGUGAUGUAUUUAAAAAAGGUGACAUGGCAUUUAUAUCGGGCGAUCUGUUGACUUCGGACGAGCGGGGUUACUUGCACUUUGUGGAUCGUACUGGUGAUACAUUUCGCUGGAAGGGUGAGAAUGUAUCGACCAGUGAGGUGGAGGCUCAGGUCAGUAAUAUUGCGCUAUAUAAGGAUACUAUUGUCUACGGUGUUGCAAUACCAAAUACUGAAGGUCGUGCCGGUAUGGCUGCUAUAUAUGAUCCAGAGCGUCAAUUGCAUCUUGAUCGAUUUGCAUACGAAUUGUCGAAAGUCUUGCCGCCUUACGCACGACCUCAAUUUAUAAGAAUUCUGACUAAACUUGAUAUCACUGGCACCUAUAAAUUGCGCAAAGUUGAUCUGCAAAGAGAGGGCUACAAUCCGAAUGUCAUCAGCGACACGCUGUUCUAUAGAACAACUUCCGGCAGCUAUGAGUUACUCAAUAGUGAAGCUUUCGAAAAGAUAAACCAGGGUCUCAUACGAUUUUAAGGCAGUAUAACUUACUAUUUCGCUAUUACUAGUAUAUCAUAGAUUUAUUUUUUUUUUAGGAAAUUCAUUCUAUUAUAAUAGCCAAUAUGUAAAUAUUAUUUUAAAAUAAUUUUAAAUAAAGUUUGGACAAUACAUACAAUGGAAUUUUAAGUUACUUAUAUACAAAGUUUUAAAUUUUUUACUCGGCAUGUACGAGUAUUUAUUCC